AUUAGGGCUCUCUUCUCUCUGUCAUCGUCUUCGCAGAGCUCACUCGAAUCAAUCAAUCUAAUCAAAAAUCUCAACGAAAUUAGAUUACGAACCCUUUAGUGGGCUGAGGAUUUAGCAGCGGUUUCCACCAUGGAUACAGUGGGUGAAAGCUCUUCUACUCAAAAGAAUGAGGUAGGAGAGAAGCCUGUGAUUGUUAGAGUUAAGCGUAAAGUUGGACAGUCUCUGCUCGAUGCUUUCUGGUUGGAGAUAAAUGAAAGACCACUCAAACGGCCGACUCUGGAUUUAUCGAAGUUAUCAAUUUCAGAUUCAGGCGAGAGAGGUUCUUCUGUGUCAGAGGAAGUGAAACCGAAGAAGGUGCUAGUGCGGCAUUUGGAGACAGUCACGGAGUCUGAGACCACGGCUGACAUUAUCCACUCUUUCUUUGAGUCUGAUCUUAAUGAGAAAAGUUGCAGUAAAGAAAAGUUUGAAGAGCGGAAAAUUUCUUUCAAGAAAGAUAAUAGAAAGGAACAACGCCUGACCAAAGCGGUACAACAGCAACAGAUUGCUGCAGGGAAUGCUCGGUUUGAGCAGAUAUGGCGGAGUAGGAAGGGAAACAAGGAAGGCAUCCAUGAUAGGUGUCAUUUCUAUGACGUUGUUCGUAUUGAUGCUGAAGAAAAAAGAGACAAUGCACAAGAGGUUACAUCGUUGGAGGACCAGAAAAUGCUUGCUAGUUUCUUGCCUCUUCUCAGAGAGUGUAUUCCAACAGCAGCUGAAGAGAUUGAAGCUGAUAUUCAUUCUACUCGCACUGAAGAAUACGUUUAUGAUUAUUAUGCUGUGAACGAAGAGAUGGAUAUCAGCGAAGAUAGUUCCAAGAUCCAGUUUCCUCUUGUCAUAGUCGAGGAUGAAGAAGACUACUGCGAUGGACCUGAUGAAUCAGACUACGACUCUGAUGAUUCAAAUGCUGAAGAGCACCCAAAGAACGAUUAUCCAGAAGAGAUCUCUGAGGACGAGGAGGAAGAAGAAGAAGAAGAUGAUGAAGAUGAUGAUGAUGAUGAUGAUGAAACAGAGAAAGAAAAGAGUGAUGCCUCUGAUGAAUCAGACGACGAGGAGACUUCAGAAAGACAUGUAAAAAGAGUUCUUGGAGACGACGAGUUUGAUGAUUACGCAGAGGAUGUGGAUGGUUAUAGGCACAUCGACAGCGACGAGGAGUUCGAGUCUACUAAAUGGUCUUACCGAUGAGUUUUGCCUACUAACUGAAACUUACGUUUGUGUUAUAUUCUGAUUGAGAGACAGUGUAAACCAUUAAUGUAAGUUUGUGGAUCAAAACUGUUACUAAUAUUAUCUGUGUCCAGAAGUGAUUGCU